AUGAAAGAGGUAAUCAAUUUGGCAGGGCCGACCGUCAAGAUUAUUGAGAGCCCAAUUCCCGAGCCAAACGAUGACCAAGUUCUUAUCAAAGUGGUCGUUUCUGGGUCGAAUCCCAAGGACUGGAAGGUUCCAGACCUUGCAGCUUCUGGGGACAGUAGUAUUGCCAUGAUGAUUGAGGCCAAGAAGGGAGUGAACCAGGGGGACGAUAUUGCCGGUGUGGUUGAAAAGGUCGGAUCUAAAGUGGUUGAAUUCAAACCAGGCGAUCGCGUUGCAGCAUUCCACGAAAUGUGUACGCCCGGCGGCUCGUAUGCUGAAUUCGCACUUGCGUGGAGUCAUACAACUUUCCACCUUCCCAAGCACACCUCAUUUGAAGAAGGCGCAACAAUUCCUCUCGCUGCCCUGACUGCUGCUGUGUCCUUGUACGCGCACCUUCAGUUCCCACCGCCGUGGAGGCCUGCAGUAAAACCGAUCCCAUUCAUCGUUUACGGCGCAAGCACGGCUGUUGGCUCAUACGCGAUCAAAUUGGCGUGCAACAGCAACAUCCACCCCAUCAUUGCUAUCGCAGGGAAGGGAUCCCAAUAUGUACGGAGCCUCCUAGAUCAAAGCAAAGGAGAUACAGUGAUCGACUACCGUGAAGGAAUAGAGGCAACGACCAAGGCGAUAAAAGACAGCCUUGUACUGGCUGGAUAUUCUACUGCGCAGCACGCACUUGACACCAUCAUCAUUACACAAAGCGCAGAGGUCUUAAGGCAGUCGGUCACUUCGGGCGGACAGGUUGAUUUUGUAUUGCCCAACGACCUUGACGUGUCACCUGCGGUCAAAUCGAUUACUUCGGUGGGAUCGGUGCAUAAGCAACUUGGGUUUGGUAACGACGAGGAACUAGGAUUCGUAUUCUCUCGGUAUUUUACGAGAGCAUUACAAAAUGGCAGUUUUUCCGGUCAUCCUUUCGAGGUUAGGCCGCGAGGCCUGGAAGGUGUUGAGGAGGCCUUGAAAGACUUGAAGGCCGGAAGAGCAAGCGCUACCAAGUACAUUUUCCGCAUUGCGGAUACCCCAGGAGUUGUUUAG